AUGUCUGCUCAGUACAGUCUCCUCAAAAGACCUGGGAGCGGGUCAUUUUCUCCUCCGCCCGGCGAGUCUCUGACUCGGUCGUUGGUGGAGGGCGAGACGUUACUCAGGCAGGUCACAAAAUCGGAGGGCACGUCUCAAGUGCAGACUAUAAGGACGCGGCUAGUUGCCAAGGACAUUGUUUCCGUACCGACGUUGCUGCAUCUCGGCGUUCUUGCAAUAUAUGUCGCGCUCGUUGUCAUCUGGGCUACGGGUUUGGAGAAGAACAUAACGGUGGAGCUGGUGGAUGCCUCGCGCAUUCAAACGUGGAUCAAUUUGAUCAGCCAUGUCGUCAUGCUUGUCUUCUCGACGGCUAUAAUCGCUGUCAUGCAACCCAUGGCGACUCGUUCUCCCUUUGCCAACCUACCGCAGUCAUUGACCACGAUUUCAGACAAGGUUUCUGCGUGGUCUGGACUGGGAUCUUCGCUGGUGAACCUCUACCACAACAUCAGUUACCCUGCAACCCUGGGAAACACAUUCUUAGUCGUCAUCUACUUCUCUGCUCUCUCCGGGCUCGGUAUCAGCUCUUCGUUCCUAUUCGAUGUUCCCACCGUAAACGAAACCAUAUCGAGCAACAGGACCACCGAGGUUGGCACGCCCUCUCUACGGCUUGCCAUUCCCGCACCUAUGGCCACCAUGCCUUCCAACUUCUCCGAUGUCGCGUUCGACUGGUAUCGCUCUGGUGUCGGCGUCGGGAUGCUCAUCGGUGUCAACGCAACUGUGUACCCCGGUCUCAGCGCGAACAGAAUCUAUGAUACACUCUCCCCGCCUAUGGCAGCAUCGUCUAACGCCUCGGCCAUUGUUGGAUAUACAGACUUCAAUGUCAAGUGCGGCAGUGUGACGAAUCCGUCGUAUUUUGCGCGUGUACCUGUCGAGAAGUUAAUCAUCAGUGACGGAGGAACCGCGCGGGGUGGCGAAGAAAUUCAGUAUCCCACUCUCCUGACAAUCAACCAUACGCUCGGCCCCUACCACAUAGAACUCAGCGAUAGCAUGGGCAUAUACGCUUCGAACUUGUCGUACGCUGUCGGCCGGCUAUGGGAACCUGCAGACGUUCUACUACGCAUUCCCAACGCAACCCUUGUCCCCGGCGUCGGGCGGAAUCUCGUCCUAUACAAUAUCUAUAACGAGACAGGCCUGGUAUCGGGCAGUCAGCCUAUCCUCGACUCCAGGGGCUCUGUUGGCUCCCCUUGGCCAGUCCAACUACUCCUCCGGGAUACUAUGCAUAUUGAAGACGAGCUUCUUGACACUGGCUUGAUGAUACAAGUUAUCGGUUGUUCUCUGUCCACCAGCAGAGGUCAGACUAAGAUCGAUGGCACCACCAAUCUGCUUCUUGAAGCUUUGGACCCGUUGCAAGGUGCGAGCCAGGGAAGUCUUUGGGGUGACUGGCAGCCAGACUUAACGCAGUCCAACGAACUUGAGGAUACGUGGGCGUCCAUGUUUUUGCCGGGGGGAUCCAUGCCUAUCUGGGAAGACCAGCCGGUUCCCUUACAACCCACGCAAUGGUCUUGCGUUGAUUACGUGCCCGUAUUCAGCAACGAGUCCUACAAUGCCAUAGCCACCUCUUGGAGUCGAGACACGCUCCAGAAUAUGACCCAGAGUUGCCAUGUGCCGACUCUGGUUGAGGAGUACCUGACCACGCAACUCUUUGGACCCUCGAGCGUGGAGUAUCAAGGAACGUCAGCGUUAGCCUUCACGGGAGACGUGCUACGAAACGCUUCAGCGGCGAGUGCGUUGCUUCGAACGCUUGAAUCAGCAUUGUCAAACGCAACUGCGAUGACGAUGUGGUCGGCCGCGAGGGCCAGCACGCUCACGACCAGCACAGACUACGUACCGCCAUCACGAGAUGCAACUCUCGGUUCUCGGCAACUACAACCCGUGCCAGAUCAAUACGAUACGAUGCGUUACAUCACUCGACUCGUACCUACGAGCGACUCGGCUCUGGUCACUGAACGGAAGCUGAUGGGGCGCAUAACCUUCAAUCUCCCUUCGUUGUUUGCAGGCACAGCUUUGGCCGUCGUCCUUGCCACUCUCGGCCUCUAUAUGCUGAUUUCAGGAGACAUACGGAGUGGAGAGGCGCCUAUCCAGGAUGCGGGGCUGCUCAACCUCAUGUCUUUAGACAAUUCGGCUGUCGCUUCGCGCCUUUCCCAGCCGAGUAUGGUCAGUUCGAAAGCGCGGCGCAGGGAAGGAGCUUUCUUAGUUAUGGUCGUGGAUGGCCGGCUGGUGCCGGUGGACGAUUCCAGCAAUUAA